AUGGAAGGCAAAGUUAAAAACGAAAUCGUUGUCGGAGAACCAAGGGAUGUAUAUGAUAGGUCCGGUAAUAAAAUGACCAUCAUAGAUGUAAAUGAUUUCCCAAGUAUGGAUUUAAAGCCUCUUGUAAAAUGUGAACCACAAGAGCACUUUGAAAAUAUACGAGAUUUAACCAUAAGAGAUGAUGAUAUAGUGAUAUGUGGUUAUUCAAAAGCAGGUACACAUUGGUUGUGGGAAGUUCUCAACAUGUUAAGAAACAAGACGACCGAGUACAAAAAAGAUGUGAAAGAGAAACAAAUGAUAGAAUUUCUUCAGAAGGGAGAUCUUGAUAAAGAACCUUCACCAAGAGUUUUAAACACACAUUUAUAUCCCAGUCUUUUACCAAAACAACUGUUAGAGAAAAAAACCAAACUGGUUUAUUUGAUUCGGAAUCCUAAAGAUACAGCUGUUUCAUUGUAUUUUCAUUUCUAUGGAUUACAAUCUAUGACAUCUUAUAAAGGAGAUGUACACGAUUUUUUAGAUAUGUACCUGCAUCGAGAAUUGAUAUUUGGAACUUGGUUUGAAUAUGUUUUAAAAUGGGAGAAAUUUCUUCAGACAACUGAUAACCCAGUUUAUUUUUUACCUUAUGAAGACAUGAAAGAGAAUCCAGUUCAUCAUGUUAAAGAAUUAAGUAAAUUUCUAGAGAUGGAUGUAUCAGAUAAACUAAUAGAAGAUAUCGUUGAAGCCUGUUCAUUUCAAAAUCUGAAAAAAGCUACAGAAGAACAGAAACAUGACCCAUUGAAGUCAUUAUGGAUUGAAGGAAAGUCUAUGUAUAGGAAAGGACAAGUUGGAGAUUGGAAGAACUAUUUUACUGUGGCAGAAAAUGAAGAAUUUGAUAAAGUUUACCAAGAGAAAAUGAAGGACAGCAAACUACAAUUUAGAUACAUAUAAGUAUGAAGCCACCAAAACGGGAGAAGGAUGGUGUUACAACAUUUGGAGAGGGAAGGGAGAUGUUACCUACCAUUCAUCCUCUUAAAAUAUUGGGUUUAUCAAAAGUAUAGACAACAUUAUAUAUGCUACGUAUCUAUUUAGCAAUAUUUAUCUGCUUGAAUGUAGUAAUUUUUCAAAUAAAAAUAAGUUU